AUGAAAACGGCUGACUUUUUGUUCAAUUCAGACAGACAGCUCAACAAUGGUUCACUGAUUGUUUGCAGACGAUCAAACAUCAGAAUGAACAUAACUGCUGAAGAUUUCCAAGUCUGUGGUAAGUGUAAGGGCUACUACGCAAGAUCUGCCAUAGGUCAUCAUUGCCGUAAGUGUGUUGACCACGAUGGAAAGAAUGAAAGGAUUGUGAUGGCGCGAGGAAGAAAAAUCGCUGCUCGAGUGCACCCAAUUUCUAGCAAAGACGUUCGAAAUAAAUCAUAUCCAUACAUGAUCGAAGAUGCAGUCGUAAAAAAAAUUCGAUAUGAUGAAUUAGUAACGGUUUAUGCUAAUAAAAUGGCCAAGAAAUACGGAACACAAGGCCAAAGUUAUAAACAAGUUCGUGCCAAUUUACGUCUUUGCAGUAGGUUCCUGAUAGCGAUUAAACAAAUCGAUAACAGGAUCAAGGACUUCAGUGAUGUUCUUCAACCCGAGUUUUAUGAUGCGGUCAUAGGUGCUGUUCGAGUAGUUACGAAAUACGACGAGGACACAAAACUCUAUGGAGCUCCAGCAGUAGCUUUCGGAUACGGAAUACUGCUGAAGAAACUCGCCGAGCUCUUACGCAAUGAGAACACUAAGAAAAAAAUGCCAGGUAAGACAGAAGAAGUCGAUAACUUCAUCAAAUUACUUGAAGCAGGCUAUGGCAUCAACCGCGGAGUGGCUGAAACUCAAGCCCAAAAUAAUCGACGUAAGGAAGUUGUCCUUCCCACCACUGAAGAUAUUAAGAAGCUGCAUGCUUUCAUUAAAAUGGAGCGAGACAAAUAUUAUGAGAAAAUGACAGAGAAAUUUUUGGACAUCAGCUGGGAAAGCCUCGCCAGGAUGACACUCCUAUCACUUCGAAUUUUCAACCGUCGUCGACCGGGAGAAAUUGAGCGCCUCUACAUCGAGGAUUUUCGCAGUCACCGAAGUCUAGAUCAGGGAUGGCUCGAGAUUAUGACUCUGCUCCGAGCUACCUGGUGGUUGCCCAUCCCUGGUCUAGAUCAUGCUUCAAACCAGGAAGCCUACGACGGCUUGAGCGAGGAGGGAAAGAAGUUGACCAGCAAAUACUCCAGGUUUAAGAUCCGUGGUGUCCCAGUUCUGGUUGACAAGGAAGUGCUGGAUUGUUUGAACCUCCUGAUUAACCACAGGGAAAAUGCAGCUCAUGAAACUGGCAAUCGCUAUCUCAGUGCAUGUGAUUUAAUGCGAGAGUACUCGGUUAAAUGUGGAACCGGCGCCCCGGAAACUGUACGUGGUACGAUACUGAGGAAGCACAUUGCUACGAAGUGCAUUGCAUUAAAUCUAACAGAUGGUUAA